CACUUGUGAUAAAAGUCGGUGUUAUUGUCUUAGUGACGUUUAGUUGUAAAACAGAUGGAAUUGACACUGUUUUCUGUUAUGUAGCGAGUAUUCAAAGAGUUAAUGCUAGCUUCGUGCCGGUAAUGUGAUAACGUGCUUCAGGUUUGUAUAGAAAAAAGUGAAGCAACGUUUGUCUGUUAUCCGAAACAAAAGCUUCAUCCGUGCGGUAUCAAUAAGGCUAUAAAAAAGUGAAUAUUUCAGGAAGGAGGAAAUGGAAAAGCCGGUGUCAUAAUGCUGAAGUUAACCUAUAACCACAGCUGUAGUAACAACAGCCCUCUAGUUAACGGAACAUAUCUUCAGCUACAGGCAUCCUAACAAUUUUCACCCUUGACUUUAUUGGAUUGUCCAGGACGUUUCAUUUUAUCACUUGCAAAGCCAUGACGAAACUUUUAACCAAGGCUGGUGUUUUUGGUUCGGUGUCAGUGGCUUUUGGCUCACUUUGGUGGUCAGAGAAGAAGAAGACUGAUUUGGAUCAGGUUGACACUGGUUCCAACUCUGACACAAAGCCCACUUCUCCCUAUGAACUUAAACUGGUUCAAGUCGUGUUCCGACAUGGUGCUCGGACACCACUGAAGUCCAUACCUGAUGUGAUGGAGGCUCAGUGGGUGCCGAACCUCCUGGAGCCUCCAGCACACACCGACAUCAACUAUACUGUGACAGAUCUUCAUGGGGGCCCGAGGCCUCCAGCACCUGUAGAAGACAGCUAUCGUAAAAACGUAUUGACCGGUGGCACCUACCCUGGUCAGCUGACCUCCGUGGGCAUGCAGCAGCUGUACGAGCUGGGCAAGAGGCUCAGGAGGAGGUACAUCGAGGAGAGUGCCUUCCUCAGCCCCACAUUUAGCCCACCUGAGGUCUAUGUUCGUUCCACUAACAUUGUGAGGACCAUUGAAUCUGCCAAGUGUCUGGUAGCAGGGCUCUUCCAGCAAAAACAAAAAGAAGUCGUGCCUAUAGUAACAACAGAGGCAGAAUCUGAAAUCCUGUACCCCAACUACCACGGAUGCAAGCUACUCAAAACCCUUGGCGGCCACCGCUGGGCAGAGUCGUCCACUCUGCCAGACAUCGCAGCAGACCUGCAGAGCAUCCAGAAUGCGUUGGGCAUCGCUGCUCACCAGCACGUCGACUUCAUCCUCAUUAGGGACGACAUGGUUGCCAGAGAGACUCAUGGCCUUCCCUGCCCGCCAGUGCUGGACACCUGGAGGAAUAAAGUGGAGCAGAGAGCAGUCGAUAUGAUUUAUCACAUCUAUGAUCCUAGUAAAAGGGAGAACUUGCAGCUGUGUGUGGGUCCCCUCCUGCACACACUGUUGGACAACAUUGACCAGAAACUGCAGGAAACCUCAUCAGAACCAAACAGGAAAUUGUUUUUGUACUCUGCACAUGACACCACGUUGAUCCCCUGCCUCAUGGCCCUGGGGAUUUUUGACAUGAGAUGGCCACCAUAUGCCGCUGAUAUCACUGUGGAGCUCCACAAACACCAGCAGACCAAUGAGGCUUUUGUUAAAGUGUCGUACAUAGGCCAGGAUCAGCUUCUACCUGGAUGCAGUGGAGUCUACUGCCCCCUGCAGGAGUUCAAACAGGCCCUUUCAGCGUAUUCACUGAGCUCUGAACUCUACCAGUCACUUUGUGAAAGCACAGAUCGCUUGACUGAACCCUGAACCGUCGACAGACCGUCAAAUCUGAACACCGUGCUUCCCAGUGCCCACACUCCCAGAGUCACCAUGCAUCAUGCCUUUGUCCUCAGUCUUCAUUCCAUCCAGCUACCAUCGGUCAUUAUCCCUCAUCUUCUGACUACAUCAGCACAAACAGUCCUCAGCAAGUUGUGCAUUAGUCAUUAGUUGGAAAUAUUUGACUUUUCAUCACAUUUUUAUGCUAUUUCUCCUUAAUCUCAUUAUCCUUCAUAUUUUUCUUCAUAUUCUCCUUAUCCUCAUAUUUAGUUUUGAUAAAUGAAUUGGUUUGACACCAAUGGUGUAUAAGAUGAAAGGACUUUAUUUAAUUUUGCUCUCACAUGCUUGGCGCAUAGAGAUCUGUUUGUAUUUAAUAUUUGGCAUAAGAUUAAGGCAGACUUAAUUCAUUAUUUUUCAGUCUUGAUAAAUCCAGAAAAAGACCAAAACCAACAGUACCAAGUCCUAUCUACUUUAAGACCUUUUCAGCUCAUCCAUAAACAGCCUGAAACCCAUUUAUUCCUGCUGAAAAUGUAACUAACAGAUCACAUGUAAUUUCACAUUUAAAAAUCACUUUGCUAGAGGUAGUUACUUAUAACUGAUAAAGUCACUGAUGGCUUUGGUCUUUUCAUUGGAUUCUAAAGGAAUGGGAAGAAUUUCAGCAGUCUUACCCACGUGAAUUCAACCUAUUGCAACAAUUACACUUCUCACUGAAUUAGGGAUAACAAAUGGACAAAAUGGCAUUGUUAGAGCCUGAAUGAUUGCUAAGUCACAAGCCAGUUUGGUUGUUUCCACAACCAAAUCUUACAUAUUCCGUCAUUUUGUUCCUCAGGGGUAUAUUAAGCAUCAUGCUUCAUGUACUGUAUCUAAUAAUUACUAACAGGGUGCAGAAUGCUUCUUACACAAGUGAAAUGUACAUUAAUGUGCAGGUGAAUGUCUUCAUAAUCAGGUAGAACCUGCAGAAAAAUAUUUAUGCUGAUAUAGUAUUUUUAAAGAGUGAAACAUCUUGUUGCCUUCUUGUUAGCAGCAUUAGAUUACAGAUUAAAGUAUAAAUAUUUAUCCACCAUAUGAACUUGAGUGUCAUUGUGUUAACACAUUGUACCUCAUCAACGGGACUUUUCCCUUGACCUGCUGCUUUAAAUAUUAGUCUGACUGAGGCACAAAUAAAGAUUUUGUUCACC